AUGUUUCGAGCCCGUCGCUAUCGGGUCUCGCUGGUCUUUGCCGUCAUCUUCGUUCUCAUCUUCAUUCAUUUCUUUCGAUCCCACGAUGCUCCCGCCAGUACGGUGAGCGUUCCCGCGUCAGGCGAUCUACCUAAAACAUACCCCCAGCAUCCUCCUCCUCCUCCUCCGCCGCCGCCGCCGGCCGCCCCUGAAUCUCCGCCUGCUGCUGCUCCCAACGCCAAAUCCGACUCACCAUCCUCGCAAGAACCAGAAACGCCCGCCGUCCCUGAUACCAAGGCUUUCCCAGAUGCCGCAUCCAGCAGCAAUGGCCAGGAACCGUCGCAAGAUGGCUCCUCCGCGAGCCAGGCCGCGAUCUCCUCGACCGACAACAAACAGGCGACAGGAGACUCGCAAGGAACGGCGGCCAAGUCCGAACUGAGUUACCACGGCCGAGCACGAAUGAAGGUGGACCUCCCCGAGACAAAUCAGCCGACACCCCGCUGGAAGCAGACGCCAGAGCGGUUCCCUGUUGCGCCGGAGCACCUGAUCAAGUUGCCGACCGGGCAGUCCAAGCCACUGCCCAGGGUGCAGGCGGCCUUCAAGGACGAGACGGCGUCGGAUAAGAUCCAGCGCAUGAAGCGGCUGUCCAGCAUCAGGGCGGCCUUCGAACAUGCCUGGAACGGCUACAAGGCUUCCGCGAUGGGCCACGACGAGCUGAAGCCCCUGCGCGGCGGGUUCCGGGACCCCUUCAUGGGCUGGGCCGCGACCCUGGUGGAUUCCUUGGAUACCCUCUGGAUCAUGGAUCUCAAGGAGGAGUUCGCCAUUGCUGUGGACCACGUCAAGAAGAUCGAUUUUACCACGAGCAAGAGAGAGGAGCUGCCUGUGUUCGAGACCGUCAUCCGCUAUUUGGGUGGGCUGCUGGGCGCCUACGACAUCUCCGGGCACAAGUACGAUGUGCUUCUUGACAAGGCUGUGGAGUUGGCCGAGGUUGUCAUGGGUGCGUUCGAUACGCCCAAUCGCAUGCCGACCAUGUUCUACAAAUGGACCCCAGAGUAUACGGCUGAACCCCAUCUAGCCGAUGUCGACACCACCCUGGCAGAGAUCGGUUCGCUCUCCGUUGAAUUCACCCGGCUGGCGCAGUUGACAAAGCAAGACAAGUACUACGAUGCCAUUGCACGGAUCACAAACGAGCUGGAGAAACUGCAGGGCCGAACCAGGAUUCCCGGUCUGUGGCCUCUGAAGAUUGAUGCGUCGGGAUGCAGGGUUUCUACGCCGCAGCUCAAUCAUGAACUUCCCCGGGAUGAUCCAUCUCACACCUCGUCCUCCCCUUCAUCAUCCGCAUCUUUGUCGACCUCCACACCAUCCUCGCUUUCGCCCUCAUCUUCCUCCGCGUUGCCAUCGCCGUCGUCUUCUGUGCCCUCGUCUGUACCCACGCCUGCUGCAGCUCAAAAAGCGCGGCCGUUGCCCACUGAUGCGAAGAGCUAUACGAAUUUCCUCCAGCGACGCAAUGCUGGAAACCAACAUGUUGAUGCCCAGCCGGCCACUUAUGAUACUAUCGACAAGAGCUCCGACGCAAGCGCCAGUCCUGCGAUCUAUGAGACAUUCGCCGAUAUGGACUGCACAAGCGGCCUCAAUACCCCCCUUUCUCCCAAGCACAAGUUCGGACUCGGCAGUCGUGGUGAUUCCACAUACGAAUACCUGCCUAAAGAGUACAUGAUCCUGGGUGGGCUCAACGAGCAAUAUCCCGCGAUGUACAAGAAAGCCAUGGAGUCGGCGCGCGAGCAUCUUCUCUUCCGACCCAUGGUCAAGGACGAUCACGAUAUCCGAUUCCUGAGCACCAUGACCCUGACGCACCCUCUGGCGGACCAGGUUCCCGAUAGCGUUUCCGUGGCGUACGAAGCGACUCACCUGAGCUGCUUCGCGGGCGGAAUGUUCGCCCUCGGAGCCAAAGUGUUCGGGCUCGAGCAGGAUCUGGAAGUCGCCGCUCAAUUGACAAACGGUUGUAUCUGGGCCUACGGAGCCACCAAAACAGGCAUCAUGCCAGACAACUCUCUCCUCGUCCCUUGCCCCAAGGGCGAGCCGUGUGCCUGGAACGAAACAGUGUAUUGGAACGCACUGGACCCCAACGAGGAGAAGCGGAUUGCAGCAGCGAAGAAUGCCAAAGAGGAGAAGAAGGACAAACGGUCAACCACCCCAAUCCACCGGCGCGGCUCGGUUGGCAGGUGGCGCGUGAUCGCAGAUUCAGAGACCACGGAUGAUCUCAUCAACCCCGAUGAGCAGGAGGUGAAGAAGGACCCGGAAGCUGAAAAGGCUCCCCACGAUCAAUAUGUCACGUCGCGGAUCCUCAGCGAGCGUCUGCCUCCGGGAGUGACGCUCAUUGUGAACCGGGCGUACCUCCUGCGCCCGGAGGCCAUUGAGUCCGUGUUCUACAUGUUCCGCAUCACGGGCGAUGACUACUGGCGCGAGAAGGGCUGGGAGAUGUUCCAGGCUAUUUCCAAGUAUACGCGCACUGAGCUCGCCCACUCUGCCAUCCACGAUGUCACGCUUGAGACCUCCAAGAUGCGUGACACCAUGGAGUCCUUCUGGCUGGCGGAGACGCUGAAGUACUUCUACCUGCUUUUCAGCGAUCCCAAGGUAGUGAGUCUGGACGAAUACGUUCUGUGA